UGUGGACCUUUUUUUAAAAUAGGAAAUGUCCUUUUCAGUUAAUUAUUAUAAACAGUGCUGUGAAGAUAAAAGGGACAAAUCAUGACCUUAUUUGGGCUCUUGAUCCCUGACAUGCAGGACCAGAUGCGAAAGAAGAAGGAAUGCGGUGAGGAACCGAAAGUGGAGGUGGACGAGAGCAGGGUUGGCUUAUGCUCAGUUCGGCUUGAAGUGAGAAUUUGCUGGGUAGGAGAAGAAGCUUGAAGUGCAUUCACCGGAAUCUAAAAUGAAGCUGGGCUAGGUCUACGUAAGUGGCCCCUUCCAGCAACUGCAGAGAAAUCGCUGCGGCCACGGUAACUGGGCUCUGGCCGUGAAGGCGGGAUCUCCGGCAGCCCCAGGGGGCGGAGGUGUGCAAGCAGACACCUGUGGGCGGGCAGGUGGCGGCGCGCAGCCAAUCGCCGCGCGAGCUCCUUAAGGCCGGCAGCGGCGGAAGCGCGUGGCAGCGCGUGGCCGCACGCACCCGGCGCCCAGGGCGGAGCUGCGUGGCCAUGGAUGUGGGCGCCGACGAGUUCGAGCAGAGUCUCCCUCUGCUGCAGGAGCUCGUCUUGGGCGCUGACUUCGUGGGUCUGGACAUAGAGUUCACGGGCCUUCGCUCUAACCUGUCGCGUCCCCAGCAGAUCAGUCUCUUUGACUUGCCCUCGGAGUGGUAUCUAAAAACCCGCCACAGUGUCCAGCAGUUCACAAUCUGUCAGAUUGGAUUGUCUGUGUUUUCCAGUAUUGAAGGAGAGUCAAACAAGUAUGUAGCCCAUUCGUGUAACUUCUUUCUCUUCCCGACGACAUUUGGGAUAUUGGAUUCAGAAUUCUCUUUCCAGGCUUCUAGUGUUCAGUUUUUGAAUCAAUAUGGCUUCGACUACAACAAGUUUCUCAAAAACGGGAUCCCGUAUAUGAAUGAAGAGCAGGAGAAGAAAAUUAAACACAACAUUCUGACUGGAAACUGGAAAGUUCGCAGUUCUCUGGAUAAAGACCAGAUCAAGGUGGUGAUCGAUGAGGUGACGCGGUGGCUGGACUUGGCAGAGGAGGGCGACUGGAUGACUCUCCCUGGUAUAACUGGCUUCCAGGCUUUUGAGGUCCAGCUGGUGCUGAGGCAGGCCCUCCCCGACAUCUGGACGGUCCCAAGAGACCAGGGGAUAAUAGUGAAAAAAGUGAGCAAACAGCAUCGGUGGUAUCUUGAGAACACCUCCUGUGAUCGAGCGAGCUGUUGGAAGGAGAAGAUUCUUCUCUCUGCCAGGGGUUUUUCAGUGUUUUUCCAGAUGCUGGUGAAAGCCCAAAAGCCCUUAGUGGGCCACAACAUGAUGAUGGACCUGCUGCAUCUCCACGAGAAGUUCUUCAGGCCACUCCCAGAAAGCUAUGAUCAGUUUAAGCUGAACAUCCACAGCCUGUUUCCUGUUCUCAUUGACACCAAGAACGUGACCAAGGAUAUCUGGAAGGAACUGAAUUUCCCAAGGGUUUCAAAUCUUUCAGAAGUUUAUGAGGUCCUAAACAGUGACUUGAAUCCUACCAGAAAUUCCGGGCCAGUGGUCAUUCACGCGAGCAAGUGUGAAAAAUACGUGGAGACCAAGUACCCCCACGAGGCCGCGUACGAUGCCUUCCUCUGUGGAUCAGUUCUUCUGAAAGUGGCCCACUUGCUCGCAUGGAGAGUACACGGUGCCAGCCCCAUGCCAGAGCCCUCCUUCCCUCUGUACCUCAACGUGCUGGCUCCCUAUGUGAACCAGGUGAAUCUGAUCCGAGCCGGGGUCCCUAAGAUUAAUUUCUCAGGUCCAGAUUGCCCCAGUAUCCGACCUCCCAUCCUCCUCCUCCAUGUCCGGAAGUGGCCGGGGGUCAGCGAGCAGCAGGUCUACCGUGAGUUUCAGAAUCUCUGCAAGUUCGAUGUGCGGCGACUCUCGCGGAGCCAGUUCCUGCUUUUGACCAAUAAGUUUAAGGAUGCUCGGAGCAUCCUGAAGGAGUACCGGGGCCACCCCACCCUGCAGGUGUCCCUGUACCGGUACUGGAGGCACUCCCCGAACAUCAGUUGCCUGUUGCAGGUCUGUGGCGUGGUCACCACCUGGGCCCUCCUGGCGCUUCUCCUCGGAAGACCUGGCCACUGAGGGCAGCCGGCAGCCCUUUCCCAUCACUGCACCUCCCUGGGACAGCCCUCCGUUUGGGCUUUUUGCGGGUUUUGUUUGGUUUGCAAGUAAAAUAGGAUUUACACAAUCUGUGGUCCUUAUGAGGAACUUUGUUUUGAAGGUGAAAUUCUGUAAUGAUUAUCAACGAUAAAGAAAUCCUUAGAUGUGGUACUUUUGUGGCCAGAACUUUUCUUUCUAUAAAUGGAGAGAUGUCCGCAUCUCUGGGAAUUUCUCUAGACCCCCGGAGGGUCUCACGUGCAGACAGACUAGUACGGGAGCUGGACAACAGGUGAACCAAAGGCUCUGUUAUUUCUGGGAGAGAAAUUCUUGGCCAUUAGGCCAUUUUCCAGACCUAAACCCCUACCAGCCUGAGUUUAGUAAAGAGGA